AUGGUUGGCUUCAUUGGUAAAAGAUGAGAAGAUGAAAAAGAGGGGAAAAUCUUCUUCCUUUUUCAACUUUUUGAUACGAGAUGAGUAAAGUCCGCAGCAGCUUGUGACGCUUUUUGUUUUUCCUCCGAUCUUCGGAACCCUUCCUUUCGAUGCGCGCGAGCUGUCUCCGUGCAUGCGCCUUUGAAAUAACACAAAUUUAGACUAAAUUAAAGACGCGUGAAGCGUAAAGUCUUCACGUUGAAGAUGAAACAAAUCUAUUCAUCCAGGAAGAGCCAUUUCGAAAAAGAAAGCCUGCCGAACAGUUGCAUCUUUUUCUGUGAGUUACCAAAAAACGCUUCUAAUUCAAAAUAGGAAAUUCAGUAUUGAACAGAAUCAAAGAAGUAUGAACGGCAAAAAUAGGCGACCAGCGUUGAGAAAUAAAAUGGGUCGCUGCCGUUCCAAUACACCUGUCAGUGAAACAUUUUACUCAAAAUUCAAAUCCAAUUUCGGCAGGAGCGCAGGAACCGUUGUGUGGCAAUGAACAAGGAAUCAGGCAGUACGGUGGUUUUAGAAAAAUUAUCGGGUACCAUAGCUCGGAAGAAAACGAGUAGUAGAGAACGGGAGCAUCCCAACCAUUGUUUCGAAGAAUCUUUUACGCAGAAGUUAUGAAGACUUCCAGCAACGGAUUCGAGCGAGAAAAAAACAAAGAUGACGGUGAAAAGGACUCCGAGUGAUCAUCAGACCACCGGCGCGAGCAAUCAACCUCCAGCGGCGCAGUCUGUAGUUCGCUCGCCAGACCUGCCUCCGACUCCUGACGACCUUAAGAAGAACCAAAACAAAUAA